AUGAAGUACAUCGGCAUUCUGCUCGCUGCCUCUGUGACGCUGGCCAAUCUGGCAAAACGACCACUAAACAGCCACGAACUCGAUGAUUUCGCCGACAAGAUAUGCCUCUAUCUCAGCGACGUUGACCCGGAGCAAUGCGAGAGAAGAAGGAAGGACUGCGCUUCAAGCUAUGCGCCUCAAGACGCGGGAGCGAAAAACUCCAUGGUCGAGUGUACCAUGUUCUUUUUCCCAGAAUCAGCCUUCUGUUACAUGGCAAGUAUCUGUCGCGGUGCUCACCCAAGCUGUCUGUCCAGCAUGACGAUUAACCUGGCGACAGCCGCAAGAUUACCUCGUGGGGAUGUUGAUGCGAGACGGCUAUACGCACUUUUCGAUGACUUGUACUGCGAGGCCUACAGUGGGAAAAGCAUAGUCGGCGCGUUAGAGGGACCUGUUCACAAGCUAGACGAGUUUCAUGAACGCUUCUCAGAGUUCUACUGUCAAGGGGGCAGCCAACGGGGUCCACCUGGGGUUGUGAGUGACAAGGCCCUGCCGCCUGCGUUGCAAUUUUACUCACACUUGACCCUAGACGGAUUUCAACUGCGUUAG